AUGGACAUGGCCCGCACGUUCACCAACGUCUUUGGCAACUGCCUCGCGUCCGUCGUCAUGGCCAAGCUCGAGGGCGAGUUCCGCAAGGACGGCUGGGAGAAGAACUUGGCGUCCGAUGGCGACGACGAGAGUGAGGCGAGCGCGGCCAAAGAUGACGUCAAGGCGCUGAGACGACCCAAGAAGCCGAGUAAGAAGGCUGCCAAGAAGGUCGUGGACGACGCACAGCCUGCCAAUGCAGCGCCGGUAACCGAGAACGGUGCUGCGCCGCCCGGCAAUGAUGUGCCCGUCCGGGAAGACGCGGCAAAGACGACAAUGAAGACGCCUGCCAAGGAAGAGGCCGCAAUUUGGUGCGACGCAAGCGUGGCCAAGAUGUACGAGCUCCGGUACAAGACGGAGCUCAAGAAGAAAUUCGAGUCCAAAAACAACUUUCAGAAAAAUCUGGCGGCCGUCACGCUGGCGGAUCGGCUCAGCAGCGAGAUGCACCGCACGUUUUCGGCCAACCAAGUCACCACAAAGUUUGCCCGGAUGCGUACCAAGUGGUCGGCCUCAAAGCGGCACCCCCCCCCCGCGGAAGCACUCGACGAUCCCAUCGAGUUUUCGGAUGAGAACGAGAACGAGUCGACAAGCAAAAGUAUCGUCGUCGACGAGCACGACCGACCGAAUAUUGCGAAGAAGAGAAGCCAUACCAUCGUCACAACCACGAGCGACGACAUGGAGCGUCGGACGAAGAGGACCAAGACAACGGGCGAUGCCAUCGAAAAUGGCCUUCUUGCCGUGGGCAAGGGCCUCGUGUCGCUCGGGGAGUCCCUUGCAGCAAGCCGUGGGUCGUUUGCGCAAAGCAAUGCAACACUUGAUGACGUACUGGAGGCUACCAAGGCCCAAGAGACGUCAAAGUUGGCCGCGCAAAUGGAAGCGAUCGUGUCGGCACUCAAGAGCCAGACGGACACCAUGGCGCAGCUGAUUGCAGCCAUUGCCAAUCGAAAGUCGUCGAAUGAAUAA